CACAUUAAAAUAGUCUUUAUAUACAUGUGAACCUGAGUCAACCUCACUCUAAUUUUUCUACUUGGCGUUUUAAAAGUUUUUUCAGUGAGAAGUGGAUGUGUGAAAAUGGAAACACAUGGGUUCCUUGUGCUACUGCUGUGUUCUGGGGCUUUAGGAUGUAAAUAUCCUAGAAAUUUGAACAUCUCUGUACCAAACCUGGAGGCUCUGAGUGGAUCCUGUUUGCUGACCCCCUGCACAUUCAGUAUUGCUGUUCAACAUAAAGACAAAGUAGACCUGACUAAACCUGUUGUAGCCAUUUGGAGCAAGACACAUCCCAACUUAGGCAAACCUGGAGAUCCAAUAUUUUUUCACAGUGAUAGGCCCACCCUCUCAUCUCCUAUGGCAAUGAUUGGAGACCUGCAUCAGAAAAACUGCACCACUCUGUUCUCUGAUAUAAACACAAGUCAUUCUGACAAGUAUUACCUCAGAAUACAAAACCACAAGUUUAUAACGACUGCACUUUGUGAUCCACUUAAUAUAACGGUCCAAGAGUCUCCAUGGACCCCGUCAGUGCAGGUGUCAUGGUCACAGAGGGAGCAGGAGACAGUGACUAUAACCUGCUCUGCUCCCUCUCCCUGUCCUGAAGCUCCUCCUAAACUCACAUGGAGCCUCCAACCAGAGCCUCCACACACACUCCAAAACUCUAAUGGCACCUUCACCACCUCAGAACAACACAUGGUCCAAAACUCUGAUGGGACCUUCACCACUUCAGUACAACUCCAGAUGAGAUUAUCUGAGCAGCACCAAGGACUGAAGGUGCACUGUUCUGCUGUGUAUCCUGUGAAGAGAGGACAGAAGAGUGCAGACGAGACCAUCUCUCUGAGUGUGGAGUAUUCUCCUAAAAACACGUCUGUGUGGCUCAGCACGAACACUUUUCCUCUAUCUGUGGGAGGGUCUGUGAAUCUGAGCUGCUCCAGCAGAGCCUGGCCUCCAGUCCAGAGCUUCAGCUGGUUCAGGCUCACCUCACAGGGUCCACAAAGAGUUCAUGAAGGAAACGUCUACAGCCUCAUCUUCAACCAUACAACCCAAGGAGAAUACUUCUGUCAAGCCAAGAAUCAAGUCGGGGAACAAAACUCUCCAACCAUCAACCUGCAGAGUGAAGAUGUUAACGUCAGGAUUGGGCCUUACAUCAUACUGAAGAUAUGUGGGGUUGUUGUGCUCUUCAGUGCUCUGCUCCUCAUUGAGUGUUUGGCAAAGAAAAGAGUGACCCAGAGCCAACAGAGGCCAGAGGAAGACUAUGUGAACUGUGUGGAGGAAAGUUCAUUUUAAAGACGUUAUUGCCUCUUUUCUUGUAUCACUGUAGCAUACAUUGCUCAUUGCUUUUCCAUUUUUCCCAUUGAAAACCACAAUAUUAAUAUUGAUAUAAAUUUGUAAUAAUAGAAACAGGUUUAUUGACUUCCUGUUCAAAACUGCAAAAAAAUCUAAAUGACAUUUCAUUGUAACAGUCAGCAGUUGCUCUGUGAGAAGGUGCAGAGAGACAAAUGCAGGGUAUGUGUGAACAGUGUAGAUCCGGAAGUGAAUGCAGGUCACUUCUGAGUGUUCAGGCAUUUUGUACCUGGCAAUUUACUGUAUAAAUGAUGUACAUAUGAUGAAUAUGUUUGUAUGAGCUGUGGACCACAUUUGAGAUGGAUCCAUGUUUAAUUGUAUUGUAUCACCUGAGUUUGAUCUUCUGUAUUCAAUAAAGAGAAAAAACAU